UUUUAUUUAUAGCUGUAAAAGUAGCGUACUGUGUGAUAUGUAGUAUGAAAUCAAACAUUAUACAUCAUGGAUGAUUCUCAGAGCUCCGAUUUACUCUCAAAUAGCAUAGACUCCUGUAACAGUCCUCAAAAUAUGGAAUCUAUACCGUAUGAUGCUCUUCUGAAGAAAACCAAGGACUCACUUAACGAGUACCUUCGGAAUGGAAUUUCGAAAACAUCGUUGUCUUCGCAUUUCAGUUCCUUACUGGAGGACUGCAAUACUUGUAUUUCUCAGAGUAUGGACAUCAUAAUUGGCCUUCUAGUAGAUACUGUUGUCUACUAUACAACCUUGAUAGACUACAUGGAAGAUGCAGUAUGCCUUCUGCAAAUGUUGUCAAAUUUUAUUAAGACAAUUAUGGAGUCUGUGUCCUUGUCCUGUCACACAAUGAGCACUUUCCCAGUGUUGACUGGGAAUAUUGUUAUGGUGGUUUUUAACCACUGUAAGGAUAGUGAGACAGUGUAUGGCAAACACUUGAAACAUGUUGAGAAGCAACUUAAAGACUUGUUCCGAACUUGCCAUGAACUGCAACUGACAUACUUGAUGGUGAUGGAGAAACACUUCAUCUUUGAUUUGACAGAGAAAGAAGAACAGGAUAUACUUUUGAAAGCAUUGGAUAUCAACUUGGCUAUUGGAGAAAUAGUGCAAACGCUAGACGUGAAGACAAUGGCAGAGCAAUGGAAGGCUUACACUGCCAUCUGUGAGAAAUAUUCUAAUUUCCUGAGCGAUAAAGUAAUCUUUCAGGACUGUACGAAAAUACUCUGUUCAAUGACAAUGAAUAACAUCAACACUGCCUUACAGCCAAAUAUUGAAGAUAAAAUAGUAAUCAGGUCUUUGAAAAUAGCAAGUUUCACAACUAAAAUAAUUCUGAAACUUUGUGGCAUAUUCAAAACAGCUUCAGGGAGAAAUUAUACCAACAUACUGGAGUUAUUUGUUUUUAUUUACAAGCACAAUGGCCCUUACUUGGAGCUGGUGAACAGGAAAUCAUCUCAAUUUGUGAAUCACGUAACUGUUCUAAUACACAAUCCAAGUGAUCUACUUUUAGCACAACUGAUUUGUGACGACGUGUUCUCCCAAUCUUGUCUACAUUUCAACACAGAAACACUAAGGAAGAAGGACGGAAUGUACGGCUAUAUCAUUCUGCUUACUUCUGCUAUGGCAAGAGCUUUGGAUAAAAAUAAUGCAGCAAACGAAUUUAAACUGAAUGUCAUUCGUUGCUUAUUUAAUGUGCUACCCAAAUGUCACAUCUGGUUCAACAAAGGUCUCAAGUUCAACACAAAGUACAGGUCACACGGUCUGUACGAGCACACACUCAUUCACACCAUUGCCUUAGCGUCGACGUUGAGUUGUGAGCAGUAUACAGUCCUGGAGCAGUUGAUGUAUGAGGCCCUGUUGAGUACUGACUGCUGGAGUGCUGUGUUUGCUUCUGACUUGUGGGUUGCAUUGGCGAGAAGUAAUGGUGAAUUAAUACUAACACAAAUGGCCUUCCUCUGCAAAACGUAUAAAACAUUAGAAAACAACCCCUUAUUUCAUGACUCUCCUCAAAAAGUGCAUUUGAGCUACACUAUAGCCAGAUUGUUUGAGCUAAUAGAAACCAGAGACAAAAUAAAGUUGUACGAAAAUUAUAAUUUGGCACUAUGGGCACCUUUGCAAAUCAAAAACAUGCCUUCCGAAGUUCAGGAGAAAGCCGUUGAAGAUAUUAUCAAUGAGUUACUUACGAAAUUUGAGAAGUUUCAUUCGUCAAAUAUGCUGAGUGAAAACGAGAUAAGGCAAAUGAGUAAACUAAUGAAAGCUGCCUCCACCUGUAGAUUCGUGGACGGAGAUGACACCUUCGAAGACUAUGUAAUCAAAGUGUGGCUGAAAUCUUGCCCAAAGAACAGAUUAGUACUGAAUCAGAGUUGUUUGGAUAAAAGUCAUAUGUGGUAUUUAGAGCAUUUGGACGCACUGGUAGAUUUGACGAAGGCAAUGACACGAUUGAAGAAAGAUGAUGCAGCCCUUGCUAAGAUUCUUCACGUCCUAGCAAAUAUAGCACAACUUGGCAAUACAGAACUAAACUUAGUAAUACUCGACCUUUUAUGUCAACUGGCGCUACAAACGUGCAACGAAGAUAAAAAUGCCCUAGAAUCCCUAAUAAAUGAAGCUUUUAAAAUCAUUAUACAAAAAAGCGAUAACGUGAUACAUAAUUGUUUAUUAACAUAUCUUCGAAAACACACAGAACAUAAUAACUACGAAUAUGUUGUAGCGCAAGUGUUUAGUUUAGACGACUCUUUGCAAGAAAUCUACAGUUCUUUUCUUCAGGGCGCUACUUAUGAUACAGAACAAUGGAAUCACUUAACUUCUGUAUACAGUUCUUACGCUCACAAAUGUAUUGAGUCUCCCGUCGUGGAGUUAUUAAGUUCGGGAUCGUCGAGGGAAAGAAACAGUAGUAACUUUGAAUUUGCCGAUAUUGAUUCUUUGUUUGGAGACAAUGACUCUGAACCAGCAAGUAAAAAAGCUAAAUAUACAAACGAAGGCAGACUAGGAGAGAUUAUAGCCCGUUUAGAAGCAGACUCGAUACUGCUUUCAAGUGAAAAGGAGAAUGUAUUUAGUACUGAAGAGAUUUCUAGAAUAAGGAUUGUGUGUGAUCGGUUGAGAAAUAUAAUUGAUUGAGACUGUU